AUGGACAAUUACCCUCAGCUGACGUCGUCGACGUUCACUCGGUGCCGAUUCGUCGUCGCCGCGAGCGAGCACGCGUACCGCGACGGCGCCGCGCACCAAAAGAGCGCGAAGGACGCGCAUCGAGGGAGCGUGUACGACUCCGGGGUGUUCAUCUUGCAGUCCGAGAAGGCGGCGGCGUCGGACGUCGGGAAGCGCGUCGCCGCGGAGGGGGGGAAGCGAACGGAGAAUGAGAUUCGACGCGCGAUGGCGGCGGGGAAAGAGAGAGCGGACGCGGCGGCGGCGGCGCGCGCGGCGAGCGAGCGCGUCAGGGCGGGGGAGGCGGCGGCGAAGGAGAAGGAGAAGGAGGGGGGAGGAGGCGCCGCGAAGAAGAGGAAGGCGAAGAGCGACGAGGAGGAGGACGAGGAGGGGGACGACGGCGACGGGAAGAAGAAGAAAACAGCCGGCGGAAAGAAGAAAGAGAGCAAAGCCGCGAAGAAGCGACGGAAACGACGCGAGGCGAAGGCGCUCGAGCCGCCGCCGCCCGCGACCCUCGCCGUGGCGUGA